GACAUUUACGAUAAAUAAAUAAGAUCACAUGAACGAAAAAUCGACAACAAUGAACUGACCUGAAAAUUCCACCGGUUUUCGACGAUUUUUUCCUGGAUCAUCGGAUGACGAUUUUUACAAAGUGAUCGAGGAAACAAGUGGAUGAUUUCUGGAUAAGAGAAACGUGACGUCGCGUUGGGAACCUUCAUGUUUACAUAGGAUUUGUUUACGAUGAUUCCAGCAGUGAAUAAUGAUGCUACAAUUUUUUAAAAAGUCAGGAUCAAAAGAGAAGUCUCGAUCAUCCCCCAGCUCUCCAGCGACCUCGCCGAAUCUCGAGAGGCCCCCAGGAGGUGAUGGGAGAGUCUCGAAAGUUCAGGCCGUCUGCUGUCACAGUCUCGAAGAGGAGGAGGAUGACGAGGAGGAGUCGGUAUCGAGCCUCAAACUCGAGAUCUGCACGUCGAGACUCUCCAAGAGUCUCCCCGAGAUCCUCAACGACAAGGAUGCACUGGGUUACUUCCUCCAGUUCAUGGAGAGCAGAAACAGACUGGCUGUCAUCAAGUGUUGGAUGGAGGUCGAGUGCUUUCGGGGGACAGAUGAUAAUCUCCAUGGGUACCAUCCCAAUAAUCCGGGAGAGAGUGUAAAUAAAAAUGAUGUUGAGGUACCAAAGAAUAGGUUUAGAGCCUGGAGGAGCAUUGACGAGGAGUCUGGGGGCUCUGGGGUAGUCCAGGAUGCUCUCAGGGUCUACAAUAGAUAUAUUGUUAAGGAUACCCUGAAGGUUAAUCUCGAUUUGGCGCUCAGGAGUCAGAUGGAGGAAGCUGUCGCGAAUUCUGAUCAUCAGGGGCUUAUUAAUGGACUACUCCAGGUCCAGGAGAGGAUUUUCCGCGUUCUCAAAGACGAAUUCAUUGAGGACUUUUUGAGGAGUGAAUUCCACUGCAAACAUCAGAUCGACGUGUUGACAAGUGGAGACGUCAAACUCGCGGACAUUCUGUUUAAUGAAACAGCUUUCUUCUACUUCAUGGAGUUUAUGGAGCUGGAGAAUAAACGAGAAUUGCUCGAUUUCUGGAUGUCAGCCGUCAGCUACAAGCAGAACUUGAUGGAAAAAGGGUGCGAUGACCCUCUGGAGGCUCAGAGUGACGCCCUCAUCAUCUACGAGAAGUAUUUUAGUCUCCAGGCGACGAUGCCCCUGGGUUUCACCGACAAAAUAAGAUUCCAGGUCGAGCAGAAUAUCUGUACGGAGCGUGGAGACGGCCCCCAGGCUGACUGCUUCGAAAAACCCUGUUUCAUUGUAUAUAAUUUUCUCAACAAGCAUUAUCUACCCGCGUUCUUAUCUUCUCAACUCUACUACAAAUACCUCUCCGAGUUAAUCAGCACAAUUCAGAGCAGUGCGUGUGCACAUCCACGAGUCAAACGGGCAGGGUCAGAUUGCAGCAGUGAAAUCAGCACUCUCAGCAUUGGAACACACGACACAUCGACGAAUUCACAUUCUGAUGAUAUUAAUAUCUCGAACAAGAAGAAGAUGAAUGGGAGCAUGAGCAUUGAUGCUAGACAGCUGUACGAUCCUGACUCCUUGUGGAGGCGUACAAAGUGCAGUUUGAGCGUUGGGUAUGUCGAUAAUUUGGGGAGAUUCGUCACGGAAAUUGAUCCUGAUCCCCAGAGAAAAUACGAGUCGAGAUUGUCGAGAGCUGUGAAAAGAUUCAUUCAUCUGGAGCAGGAUAAGGCAAAAGAGGAACUCGCGUGGAAAAUCGCUGAGAUGAUUGUCCGGGAGAUCACGUCACUGACUCUCGGAGUCCAGGAGUUGCGUUCCUAGUUGAUAAUUAAUUAUUCCUCAUCCCUACGUCCGCCUGUCUCAUGCGAUUAUCGUGCCAAAAUCACGAAUGCCGUUGACUAAAGUCGACGAGAGUAUUUUUUUAAUUGCUUACAUUGUUCAAUUGGAAUUUUAUCCUCAGUAGGAGCCUUUCCCGGUGAUUUUAGUGAUAAAUUGAAGAGAAUUUUUAUAAGAUAUAUUUUUCCUACUUAUGUGAGAUUAUUGUGUAGUAUCUUAACGAUUAAGUGUUGGUUUGUAUAAUUUACCUCUCGUGGUGCUGAAUUGCUGUGCACUAACAACGAAAAAACUUCUUCCAAUUUGAAAACUCGUCUGGCCAUGACAGUGUUCUCUUCGAUUUUUUUUUAUUUCGCAUUGUCAAUUUUUUCCUGUGGAUAAUGCACUAGUGGUUCAUGACUGUACAUAAUAAACCCGCAUAAUCUUUAUUCAUAAAUGAGAAAAUAAAGGAUAAUUUUUCAUAACGAAAAGGAAAUUCAAUUCCCAAUUGAUUUUCCAGUGGUCAAUAAAAUAUUUGAGACAUCUCUCAUUGACAAGCCAAAAAAAAUCGAUUUUUCCAAAUUUCCGAAC